UCAUGCAAUAAGUCAUUUGUGCUGCAGCAAUAAUGACAUCUAGCGGCUAGAAAAGUUUAUUUUGAUUUCUAAAAGCAAGCAGGACUCAGGGUAGAGGUGAUAUAUUUUAUUAGACCAACUAGGCUUCUGUUUGGAUCUUGCAUAGGCUGCAUCACUCUGCUUCAGUGGGUGACUGGCUGGAAGCAGCACAGGUGUGCACCGCACUGCACGUGAUUGCAAAGAUAGGGAGGAAUCAACAGUGCAGCCUGCACACGCUGAGACUGUGGUAGGAUUUUCCUGGCCAUGGAGGAGGGAGAGGCUUAGCUUUGAGCUGGCACAGCUGUGGGUAGGGGGGAGCGGCCAGGGACUGGCCUACAACUCAUCUGGGGACAACCCCCUCCAGGCAGUUUGGGGAAGCCCGACAGGUGCUAUAAACGACACCUGGCUGCAGUAGCCCCCAGAAGAUCAGCCACCAAACAGGGUUAUUGCUGGAGCACACUGGUUUCUGGUAACGUGCCUUUCUCAGCCCCCCACCUGGAGCUGCAGGAUGGGGAGAUCCAGGCCUAACUAAGCACCUCUUGCAUUACCUCUGCAACCCAGCUGGCUGCUAAAUCCUCUCCACAACACCUGUGUGCUGCCAAUAGAGUGACAAAGGGCAGUAGCAGGGCUCAGAAUGAAGCUCAGGAUCAUGCUUGUGUGUACCUUCAAGCAGCACUACAGACACAGCAAGAGUGUGUGUGUGUGUGUGUGUGUGUGUGUGUUUAUACACAUAUAUAUGCAUACACACACACAUAUAAUUAUAGCAUGGGUGGCGCAAGUGGCACGGACUGCCUCUGUGCCUGGUGUGCAGUGGACCAGAGAGGGGGCAGGCAGCACACCUGUAGAUAUGGCAAAAAGCAGAGCAGCAGAGCCAGCAGGGAAGGGGGAUUGGAGUGGCACACAAGUACGGGGCUAAUUUAUGGCAUGUCUGAUGAAGAAGCUGGCUCCCACUUCACUCCAGCAAUACACACAAGUGCUGACACGUUGGCACAGUUUGAGGCUCCUCUCCAUUACGUUUCUCCCUCGUCUUUGGGGUCCCAUGUUCACACGGAGGUCCUCACCUCAAUUCAUUCACCUCCCUGCUCCCUCCCCAAGCUUUUGCGCCCUGUUACGUUUUAGAUGCAUCAUCCAAGUUGGAGGAAAGUUGCUCUUUCGUCCUCAAUAAACUACCUGUGAAGAUUUUACACCUGCCCUGCCUGCGUUGUGGGAGGCCUCAUCUGCAGAGGUGGCUACCCACCAAUGGAGAGGCACUUGUUAUAAAGCAGGUUUUCAUAGUCAUCACUUCAUAAUCUGAAUUAAUAAGCUACAGACAGGCCUCCGAAUCAUCCCGUUGGCUCGGUCUGGAUUGGACCGAGCCCCAUGGACACAGUUUCUGAGCAGCUGCAGUAACAGGACAGUGGCCUUCUGGUCCCGGAAGCGAUCAGGUAGCCACGUGGCCCUGGGAAGAGCCAGGAGCUGGUUUGACAACAGAAAACCGGAGAGCAAGGCUAACAGCCAAAACCCAACAGGGCACGAAAGCUCGGGGAGGGAACAGGGAGGUGCAAAUGAAGCAAAAAAAAAAAAGUCCCAACAGCUUGUGCCUGUCUCCGCUCGAUGAUCCGGUCCCAUGCCGCCUUUGCCUGGGCAACUGGUCUUAGUAGCCUAGGGCUCUCGUGUAGACCCCAAAGGGCUCCUCAAUGACCUUCUGGGUAUCCCCCAAACUCACCUGCCAUGAUUUCAGAUGGUUCUCCAGUGGAGGGGGUCCCCUCGGAGGAUGCCUCCAGAGCUGUCACAUGUCUUGGCGGAUGCCUACGGGACUCCAACUUCCCCUACACCCUGGCCACACACCAAGCCACGAGAUGGGCCUCAGGAUCUGGGCCUCAGGAUCUUUUAUGUCUUGCUUCUUUUGAUGUCUUCCCCAGUACCCACGUGUCCCGCUCCGCCGACCAGCGCCUUGGGUUCUAGCCAGAGGGAUCCCAAAUGGGAUCUCUGAUUCCCCGAGCCUGGUGUAGAGUGCUAGGCUCCCCUGCUCUAGGCACAUAACAGAACGGAUCUAACUAAGAAGGAAAGGCAGGAACUGAAUGCUCACCACCGGAGAAGCCCCACACCAAGGGAACAACCCACUGCGAGAAAAACAAAAUAAAGGAAUAAUGGCAAGAAACGCGGGAAGGAAGGGACAAGAAAGCAAAGCAAAGAGGGGCAACUGUGGGAAGAAUCCUGUGCCCCCUUCGCCCCUAAGCUGGCACGUCUCCUGGGCUGGGGCCCACACCUUCACCCUGGCUGGGGUCUCUCUUAUCCCCUCUGGGACCUGCUUCUUCCUUGAAGUCGCAGCACCUGCCGCCUCCGAGCAGAGUUCCCUCGCCGGCCCUUCUCACUGCCGGCUCCGCUGCCAGUGCCUUUGAUCCUUGCCAGUCUUCCCCAGCACGGAAAUCCUCUGCAGCUGCUUCUGCCGGUUUCACUGCCGGUGCCAGCUUCACUGCCAGUGCAGGCUCUGCUACCGGCUCCUUUGAUCUUCGCCGGUCUUCCCCAGCACGGAGAUCCCCCGCUGCUCCUGCUGCCGGCUUCGCUGCCGGCGCCUUUGAUCUUCGCCAGUGACCCCUGACACAGAGAUCCUCUGCAGCUCCUGCUAAUGCCGCCAAAACUACCCGUGGCAGCGGGACGUAGUCCACUUGGCGGUUCCCUGCCGACCCUCCUCCACUUGGCGCGCCCCCACCUCUGCUCCCGGGGCCAGUUUUUAACUUCAACAGGUGAUGUCUCUUCGUGACGUCACCCAGCUCCAGCUAGAUAUAGGCGCGGAUGACAAACUGUUUGGGUGGUUUUCCCUGGUGCACCUCCUUGCUCCUCUGGACCCCUGCAACAGGCAGGUUUUUUUCUUCUUUGACUUUUGACUGGGGUCUGCCUCUGGACGAGGCUUCCCCCUUGGUUCACCCUGCGUCCCUGGGACACAACCCCCCCUUUAAGUUGCCUUGGGGCGCUUUGUUGUCCCACCUUUGGGCCAUAUCUGGCGGAUCGGUGGUCACCUUGAUCUGGUUUUUUGAGUUGCCGGCCCCGGCCUCGUCUGCACACCUGGAUAGAAAAUCCACCACCACAUUAGAUUUUCCUGGCUGGUGUACUAUAUGGAAUGUAUAUGGUUGAAGCGCCAGAGCCCACCCUGUGAUCCGGGUGUUGUCCAUCUUAGCCGUGCUUAGCCAUCUUAGGGGGGCUCGGUCUGUCACCAGUUUGAACUCUUUACCCAUCAGGUAAUACCUGAAAUGGUCCACCACCCACCGAAUUGCCAGGCACUCACACUCGAGUGUCACGUACGUCAUCUCUGCUGGCAGUAAUUUGCAGCUGGCAUAGGCGACUGGUCUCUCUGCCCCCUCUUCCUCCUCGGUGAGAACGGCCCCAACCGCUGUCUAUGAGGCGUCUGUUUGCAAGACAAAAGGUUUCCGAAAGUUAGGCGCAUGUAUUAGGAUGUCCUUGCACAAAGCCUUUUUUAACAGCUCAAAAUUCCAAGCCAUUUCUUCUGUCCAUCUUACAACCCCUGUUUUCCGUACUUUAAGAGCCUCCGACGGGUGCAGCCAGCUCUGAAAAACAGGGUACAAACGGGCUGUAGUAGUUAGUUAAACCUAGGAAGGACCUGAGCUGAAGGUAGUUUUGGGGGGUGGCAAAUCCGCGGAUUGUCUCCAUCUUGUCCGCCAUGGGUCUGAUCUUGCCUCUUUCGACCAAAAACCCCAGAUAUUUAGUUUCCUUCUGGGCUAAGGCACAUUUCCGUGGGUUAGCUGUCAGCCCAGCUCGCCUUAACUAACAGGAUGGCUCUGAGGGCCCUCCUAUUUUGAACCCAGGUCUGCGAGAACAUGAUAAUGUCGUCUAUAUACGCCGUGGCGUACUUGGCGUGGGGCACUAAGACUUGGUCCAUGAGGCGUUGAAACGUUGUGGCUGCGCCAUGGAGCCCGAAUGGCAUCUGCACUAAGUUGUAGAGUCCUCAAGAGGUCCCGAAUGCAGUCUUUGGCUGGUCUUCCCUGGCCACAGAGAUUUGCCAGUAACCCUUCGCGAGGUCAAGGGUCAUGAUGUACUGAGUGUUUCCGAUGCAUACUUACUCCGCCACGUGGGGCAUCGGGAAUGCAUCGAAGACUGCCGUGGCGUUCAACCUCCUGUAGUCCACACACAGCCUCAAGGUCCUGUCAGGCUUGAGCACCGGGACCAGAGGGCUUCUCCAGGGACUCCUUGAUGGGUGUAUGACUCCUUGCUCCAACAUCGAAUUGUUCUCCUUACGGACCACUUCCAGGUGGUGGGGCACUGGUCACCACCUCUCUCGCGUUAUUGCUCCGGGCAGGGUUUUUAUGGCAUAGAAGGUGCCCCGGACCCACCCAGGUUCUUCACGGAACACAUCCCGGUACUCUGCCACCAAGGCUCGGGCUUCCCACCUCUGAAGAGGGGACGACUCCUCCCCUAUCCUGACCUGGGUCUCGGCUUCAGAGGGUGGCCUCCCCUACCUGUUCCCUGGGUUCUGAGAUCUUCGUUGUCAGCGUCUGUAAAGGCGGCCCACCCUUCAGGCUCUCGCCAUUCCCGGAGAAGUUUCAUGUGGUAGAUUUGUUUUUCUCACAGGUGAUCUGGCUGGUACACCUCGGGGUCCACUGGUCCAACUUUCCGGGUUAUUUCGAACGGUCCUUGCCAUUGAGUUAAGAGCUUACUCGUGGAAGUGGGAAGAAGUACCAGCACCUUCUGCCCUGGCUCAAAUACUCUUUCUUUGGCGUGGCUGUCAUAUCUCUCCUUCUGGCGGACCUGCGCUACCCACAUAUUUUCUCGCGCCAGGUCCUGUGCCACUUGUACCCUCUGUAGGAACACACGGCUCUUGUGUGUGUCCAGCGUCCCGUUCCCAUUUCUCCCUUAGGACCUGCAGGAGGCCCCUUGGGCGGUGUCCUAACACUAACUCGAACGGGAAGUACUUGGUCGUGUCUUGAGGGGCGUCUCUGAUGGUGAAUAACACCAGCGGUAGGAGCAGGUCCCACUUCCGGGGAUCCCCUUGUAUGCAGUGCCGUAAUAUCCACUUUAUUGUUCUUUUAAGGCGCUCCAUCAGGCAAUUGGUUUGGGGGUGAUACACUGAGAUACGGAGAUGUUUUAUCUGUAGUGUACGACACACUACUCUCAGUACCUCCGACAUAAAAUUCUGCACCUGGUGGGUCAAUAUCUCUUUUGGCAUCCCCAUCCUAGCUAUCCACUUUCUCAGUUCUUCAGCUAUGCAUGGGGCGGUCCCAGCUUGCAAUGGGACUGCCUCUGGGCACUGAGUAGCGUAGUCCACAAGGACCAAUAUAUACUGAUGUCCUGCGCUACUGCGGGGAAGUGGUCCUACAGUGUCCGUGGCUAUCCAUGAGAAAGGCACAUCUAUGAGGGGCAUGGGUUGAAGGGGAGCCCACGUAGGACGUUCAGCCCUAGUUUUUUUGGCACUUGGUGCAGGCCACGCAUUGUCGAACCACGUCCUCUCCCACCCCUGGCCAGAAAAACCACCUAGUCACCCUUGUGAUGGUCUUGUCUUGCCCCAGGUGCCCUCCUGCAGGGCUAGAAUGCACCAAAUGCCACACAACCUGAUGGAAUCGAGUAGGUACCACCAGCUGAGUGCCCUCAUUCUUGUCCUGCUUGUCCCCUUGCACGCGGUAAAGAAGUUGGUUUCUUACCUCGAAGCGUGGGGUUUCAUCGGUUUGCGUAAUCGGGCUGUCACGGGCAUCGCUGGCUUGUACUCACAGCGUCCUAAGUUCUGGGUCUUCCUCUUGUGCUUCUUGAAACUGUAGGCUGCUGGCAGUGUUGCUGAGGUCUAUGUCCUCUGCCCCAUCCGCCAAUCCUUCACUCUCCUCCACUUCGCGUAACCAUCCCUCUCGGUUCUGGAUCUUCUUGAGCACUACUUCCGCAUUGCAUACCCUAUCCAGGGUGUCGUAUAGCGGCACCCAAUUCCGGCCUAGCAGCAUUUCGCAGGCUAGCUAGGGCACUAUCCCCACCAGAAGCUCCCCUUGAUGCUCCAUUACACGGAGACGCACCCAUUGCCAGUUAAUUCGUUUGGCUUCUCUGUGGAGACAUGCCACCUUUACCGGGUUGGCCCUUCGCUUAUCUCGGGGCUUCACCAAGUCAGCCCUUACCAAGGACUGGGCGCAUCCUGAAUCCAACGUAGCCUGUACGGGGCGUCCCUCCACCCAGGCUUUGACCACGGGGCGUCUCCACGUCACGUCUUCUCCCCCAACCGCAUAGCUGCAAUCCAUGGGCUCACUGGUCUCGAGAUCUCCGUCCCUCUGCUUGCACUCUCUGUCCAGUAUCGGGGAGCCACCGUUUGGUGGGGUUACUGGGGCAUUCUCUCGAGAAGUGGCCACACCGGAAGCAUACAGUGUCCUUAGUUGCCCCCCGGGUUAGGCGUACACCUACGCUCAGGCUCUUUUGGCACCACUGCAAGGGGUCCUGGGUUCCGCCUCUCCCUGGGGUAGCUGACCUCGGAAGCCACAAAGCCUCCGCCAACUUCAGGGCGUUGUCACACAUGCACAGGGAGUGCUGGCAAACCCAGCGCUGGGUCCGCUUUUCCAGAUCAUUCUGAAAUUGUUCCAGGAGGAUUUGAUCCACCAGGGCCUCUCUAUCGUGCCCCGCUGGGCUCACCCACUUAUCGAGGAGGUCCCACAGCAGUUGUUAUAGUAUUUGGGGCCGUCUUUCGUUGGGCCCUUUCUUGGCUCGGAACAACUUGCGGUAAUGUUCCGGAUUAAUCUCCAACUUGUACAGGAUAGCUGCCUUCACACGCUUGUAGUCACGGGCUUCGUCUCUCGGGAGUGCUCAGUAUGCUGCCUGGGCCUUGCCCACCACUAGCGCUCCCAGUUGGCUGGCUCAGUACCCUUUGUCCAGCCCCGUCAUAAGGGCGUGCUGCUCGAAUGCCUCGAUGUAGGCCUCCAGGUCAUCGUCCCUGGUCAUCUUUGGCAUUUUGAAGGAUGCCAGGCUGUGCCAGAGCCAAUCCUGCUGGCGAUCCAUCAUCUGCUGCUGUGAGUCUAAGAUCUGGGUUAGGACCUGUAGGUUCUGCCCAAGGAUAUCUGGGGAGGCCAUGGCUGCUGGCUGCAUGUUGGCAUAGGCCGCUAUGUCUGGGUUUUCCACGUUUGUAGCCAAUGCACCACUUUUUACCCGUCUCUGUUCGAUGAUCCGGUCCCGUGCCACCUUUGCCUGGGCAACUGUUCUUACUAGCCUAGGGCUCUCAUGUAGACCCCGGAGAGCUCCUCAGUGACUUUCUGGGCAUCCCCCAAACUCACCUGCCACGACUUCAGAUGGUUCUCCAGUGGAGGGGGUCCCCUCGGAGGAUGCCUCCAGAGUUUUCACGUGUCUUGGUGGAUGCCUACGGGGCUCCAACUUCCCGUAAACCCCAGCCACACACCAACCCACGAGACAGGCCUCAGGAUCUUUUACGACUGGCCCCUUUUGAUGUCUUCCGCGGUACCCACGUGUCCCGCUCCGUCGACCAGCGCCUUGGGUUCUAGCCAGAGCCGGACGGUGUGGUGACGCUCUGCCUUCGGGGCUACCCCUUGAUGCCCUGCGCAGUCCACGACGGACGCUGUUGAUUGUUGCCGCGUUCUCACAUGGUCCUCCGCCUCCGAACGGGAUCUCUGAUUCCCCGAGCCUGGUGUAGAGUGCUAGGCUCCCCUGCUCUAGGCAGGUAACAGAAUGGAUCUAACUAGAAGGAAAGGCAGGAACCGAAUGCUCACCACCGGAGAAGCCCCACACCAAGGGAACAACCCACUGCGAGAAAAACAAAAUAAAAGAAUAACAGCAAGAAAUGCGGGAAGGAAAGGACAAGAAAGCAAAGCAAAGAGGGGCAACCGCGGGAAGAAUCCUGUACUCCCUUUGCCCCUAAGCCGGUGCGUCUCCUGGGCCAGGACCCACGCCUUCACCCGGGCUGGGGUCUCUCUUAUCCCCUCCAGGACCUGCUUCUUCCUUGAAGUCGCAGCACCUGCCGACUCUGACCGGAGCUCCCGCGCCGGCCCUUCUCACUGCCGGUGCUGGCUCCGCUGCCAGUGCCUUUGAACCUCGCUGGUCUUCCCUGACACGGAGAUCCUCCACCACUGCCGCUGCCACUGCCAAUGCUAGCCACGGCGGCGCGGCGCGACGCGACACGACACGCUCCACUCGCCGUGCCCCCACCUCGGCUCCUGGGGCCGGUUUUUAACUUCGCCAGCUGACUUCUCUUCGAGACGUCACCCGGCUCCAGCUGGAUACAGGCGCGGCUGACAAACCGCACAGGAGGUUUUCCCUGGUGCGCCUCCUUGCUCCUCUGGACCCCUGCAACAGGAUGAAGACAUUGUUUGAGGAGAUCAAGGCAACCAUUAAGAAUAAUAACGACCAGGACCGCUCGUUCUGGAGGCCCGUGCUCCCCUGGGGAGGGGUGUUUACCAUCAAAGCUGGCCGCAAAGCGGUAUCUUGCACGCCACUUUACGUCGAGAUACAUCUGAAAAACACAUGCACUAUUGACGGAUUCUUGAUGCUGUUGUACGUCAUCCUGCACGAAAACGAGCACUUCCCCAGGGAGCUCUCCCUUCAUUUGGGGAGAGAGUUUGUAGACUGUUUUCUUUACUUAAUGGACUCCUACAAUUUUACAACUGUAAAGCUGCUUUGGAUUUGGGACAAGAUGGAGAAACAACAGUACAAAUCUGAAGUUCACAAGGCCUCGCUGGAGAUCGACUUGUUUGGCAAUGAGCACGACAACUUCACGAAAAACCUGGAAACGCUCAUGUCCACCAUUCAGGAGAGCUACUGUUCCAACUGGAGGUGUCCUACACGCACGCAGGAAGAUCAGCAGAAAACAAUUAACAUCAACCCUCCCCAAGAGAUCCCACAUGGAGACUUGAUUCAGCUGGCAGUAGAUGAAUUAUUCUGCUCCAAGAUAGAGCUGUGUGAGCAGUAUGGAUGCAGUGGGUUGAGAGAGUUCACCCAGAGAAUCUUCUGCCACGGGGCACCUCCCUUUGUUGUCUUAAAUAUGCAGCAGUGGAAGUCUGAAGACUUGACGUAUGUGCCGUAUCACCUGGCCUUAUCCGACCACAAGUAUUUACUGGAAGGUGCCACACUGUUUAAUAAAGAGGAGCACCAUUAUUCUGCGGCCUUCCAGAUAGACGGGUAUUGGAUGCACUAUGAUGGUCUCAGAAGUGUCAACUUAAUUUUUUUAAAUAAACCCCCAGAAUUUCUUCUUUUGUCAUCUCUAGUUUAUAUUAGAGUGGCAGAGAAAUAAAGGACACCUAGCCGAGUUUCACACCGUUAAAUCAUUGCCGCCCACCAAAUGGAGGUCUAUAUUUUUAUAUGUACUUGGUAUCCAAGAAAAGAGUAGAACUAUAGUAGUUUUGGUAUUGUAUUACCCAGUACUUUUGCAACAGAAAAAAAAUUUAAAUUGGGAACACUAUGCAAAAUACCUGUAUUUUUUUAAUGUUGCUCCAUUUAUUUUUAUACAGGUAGAUUUUAUGUUAAAAUAAAAAAAGAGAAAUC